AUGGCCAAGCUCACCAAGUCGCCCAAGACAAAGGACGUUCCUCUCGCACCGUCGACACCGUUGGAAACGGACAGGCCGCUGGAGAGAGACAAUCAACCAGAGAAAGAUAAUCCGCGAGAGCAUUUGCCACCGCCAGUCUCUCUCGGAAAGCUGAGAUCCGCCACGUAUCCCGGCUCUCGGGACUCGGAAGAGGCCAAGUUGCGGUGGAAUGCCGACGAGGAGCUGGAGCGCGUGUCCAAGGGCCUGCUUCGCCUCCAGAAAUGGAGCCUCAUCGUCGGGCUGGCGCUGUUAAACGGAGCCCUAAUAUACGUCUCCCUGCGCUUCUGGCAGGUCUACUACCUCUCCGUCGUCCUCCUCAGCACCAACACGGCGCUGCAGGCCUUCAUGAUUGUCUGCAUCGCGGGCCACUUUCUAUUCACGAGGACCCUGCGCGUUUGCCGGCGCCGGCGGGAGAGGAGGGGGGCGGGAGCACGACCGACGGCCCCGGAGAAACUGGUGCUGCUUCUCCCGUGUUACAAUGAAACGCGCGAGGAGCUGACGAGAUCUCUGGACUCACUCGUCGCACAAAAUGGUCUCGAUAUUCAUCCAAGGGUCAUACUCGUCGUUGUCGACGGUAACGUACGGGGGCCGGGCAUGGACAAGACAACUCAGGCUUACCUGACGGAAGACGUCCUAGAGCGCGGCGAAGAAAAAAUGUUCGAAAACGGAUACCGAGCGCGGGACGGACUCUUGAUGCCGGUCAAGACACAGACGGGUCGAUACAAGGGUGUGCCGUAUAUCCUGAUGGCCAAGAGAUAUCGCCAGGGGAAGCGAGAUUCGCUUUGCGCUGCGCGUUCACUGCUCUUUCACUUUAGGCAGAGGACCCAAAACGCCGUCACCAUGUUCAGCAACGAGCUCUUCGACUACGUUUGCCAGACACUGGUGCAGAAUGGCGUGGACCAGGUCGACUACCUGGUAGGCAUGGACGCCGACACCGUGUUCGAUGAGCACUGUGUGGCCGAGAUGAUGCGGGCCAUCCGACGGCGGCCGCAGCUCGUCGGGGUGUGCGGCCAUGUUUGCGUCGACUACGCCGGGAGAAACUUUGGGCUCUGGUCGCUGUACCAAUCGGUGGAGUACUCGCAGACUCAGGGGUUGCGGCGCAUGUUCCAGUCGCGCAUCACAGGCAAGGUCAACUGCCUGCCCGGCUGUUGCCAGCUCCUGCGAGUCCAGGAGGCGACGUUUGGCGAUGCCGUGCUUCGCGAGCGCUUCGGCUACUGUCCCAAGCCCAACGACGUCCUCACGAAGCAGAUCAUGGGCAGUUACUCGGAAGACAGCAUCCACGCGUCCCUCAUCUUCAGCCUCCACCCCGACCGGCAGACGGCGCAGGCUCUGGGGGCAAAGGCCUUUACCGUUGUGCCGCAGAGCUGGCGCGUCUUUCUGUAG